AUGACUUCGUCGCUGAGAAUGGCCUCUGGUAUUUUGAGCCGAGCCACCCGUAACUUGGCUGCCAUUGAAUCCGCCCCAUCGCACCGCAUCCUCCCUAUCCUUCGAAGCAGUAGCCGACCGCAAUGCCGAACCUACACGCAAGCGCAGCGACCGCAGUGCCACCAGGUUAUGCAGAACGCCUUUUCUGCGCGAAAUUGCUUCUCCACGACAACCUCCCGUGCCAAGAACAAGACAAUGGGCCAGUUGCGCCAGCGCAACUCGACCGGUCCUUUCUCGUGGAAGGCCGCGCUGCUCUUCGUGCUCACGGGUGCGGGCAUGGUGAUCUAUUUCCGCGUUGAAAAGGCCCGUCUGGAGCGAAAGCGUAUUGCGGAGAUGAGCAAGGGUGUCGGAAAGCCCAAAGUUGGCGGUCCUUUCACUUUGAUGGACCUGAACGGAAAGGAAUUCACUGCGGAGGAUCUCAAGGGCAAAUACAGCUUCGUCUAUUUCGGAUUCACCCACUGCCCCGACAUCUGUCCGGACGAGCUGGACAAGAUGGCUGAGAUUAUCGACAAGGUCAAGGAGGCCACUAAGGACGACAAGGUCUUCCUGCCUGUUUUCAUUACGUGUGAUCCCGUCCGUGACACCCCCGAGGUUCUUGGAGCAUACCUGAAGGAGUUUCACCCGGACAUCGUCGGCUUGACGGGCACCUAUGAACAGGUCAAGAACGUCUGCCGGCAGUAUCGUGUUUAUUUCAGCACUCCCAAGAACGUGAAGCCGGGCGAGGACUACUUGGUGGACCACAGCAUUUAUUUCUAUCUAAUGGAUCCCGACAAUGAUUUUGUGGAAUGUAUCGGCCGACAGGAUACGCCGGAAUCUGCGUCAAAGGUGAUUCUCGAACACAUCAACGACUGGAAGAGAGAAGGCAAGCCGAUCAAGGUCGAGUAA